UGUGCCUCUUAGCUUGUGUUUCUGCACAACAAAUUGUGGUUUAUAUCAUCACGAUACCGCCUGAGCAGGGUCGAAUUGUCUGCCCCUCGGCGGACGGUAGCCCUUUGUCGCUCAGCCCAGAUCGAGUUUGACCAAGUGGUGCCCAGGCCAUUCAAAUCUCAUCUCUCCUAAUCACGAACGUCAGAGAAUAAUUUCCGACGCUCGAUCGUCAGUUCCUUCUUUCACUCUCCACUAGCCGAGCCAGGUCUGGCCCUGCCACCGUAUUUCUAUUGCACUUCGGCUGUCGAAUCAUGUCCAGUGUGAAAUACGCAAAGUAUCCAACGCAGCAAUACCCAGCUGAAGAAUUCGUCGAAUCGUGUGGCGCGGUUCCAUUCGACCUGUCGAAGCGACAGGUAUACCUCGUCCAUUAUAUCGCCAAAAAUGAAUGGCUUCUGGCCAAAGGCCGACGAGACUGCGGAGAAAGCCGCAAAGACGCCGCUCUUCGUGAGGUGCAAGAAGAGACUGGCCUGCGAUGUCGCCUGCUUCCAGUGCGGAUGGCAACGCGUGCGCCAGCGCCCGGACUGAGUGCCAAUGCGAAAGACGAGGCUCGAGUCUAUGACGGUAUCGUUGAGCCAUUCAUGUACACCUUGCGCACUCUUCCCGCCGGAGAAGGCGUGAAAUUGAUAUUCUGGUACAUUGCUGCCGUGGACGACGACAACCCACGUGGCAAUGACGGUGAAGCAAACUACAAGGUCACUGCUUUUGACUACGACGAAGCUUUGAACACGCUGACAUACGAGAACGACCGUGCUAUUGUACGUCGCGCCAUUGAGCUGGUCGAACAAACACCGAGUGUCACACAUUCGAGAUAGCGCCUCCUGCGUUGACUCAGUAAAUGAGUCCGUCUCCGCUUCGAUCGAAACCACCGUCACAGUAGUCUUGAUCAUGAUUUCGCUGUUUCAUAGACACACUAUGCAAUAAAGGAUUACACC